AUGUUGCGGCACAGCCAACUCCUCCAAUUCUUGAGUCGGCACGCGACGAUCUUCGACGGCAGGUAUAUUUACGGGGAUCCUGCAUAUGGUAUUGCUGAAUACCUCCUCUCGGGGUACAAGGGAAAUGACCUUUGUGACGCAAAGCGCGAAUUCAACAAGUGGAUGAGCAACGUUCGGCAAUCCGUCGAGUGGAAUUUUAAGGUGAUGAAGACGUUAUGGUCCUUCAUAACCUUUAAGAUGCUGUCGAAGAUCCGCCUCUCGCCCGUGGCCAAAAUCGUCUCAGUUGCCAUGCUUCUGACGAACUGCCACUGCUGCCAUUUUGGGGGGAAUCAAAUCAGCCACUACUUCGACUUGGCACCCCCAACUCUUAAGCAGUAUUUGGACACGCUAGAAGUAGUUGAAAUCUAA